GGCAUCAUUAUUUUAUUGUUAUUCGAUCGAGCACCUGGGAGCUGACCAAUGCCUCCAACGGCCACAACCCUUUCAUUUUUUGGCCAUGUGCGCCAUCACCCCAGACGCCCCACCGAAUUCAGGGGCGACUUGCAAGUAUGAGAAAUGUAGCAAUCGGCAAGGUUCUAUUGAAUCCUGAAGUAGUCGUUGCCUUUCGAAUUGCGCGCUACCUCCGAACAGAUCGACCAAAUCGCAAGAGAGGUACUGUACGAGAUAGUCGUCAGGCUCACCUGGAAGGAACAACCUCAACAAGAACCGAGCCAUUACUUUUGGUUAGUUGUUUAGAUCGUCAAUGGAAUGGCCAUGAAAGAAGCACCCAAGGUGUACAUUCGGGAUCAGGCGUAUGCCUGGCUUCCUGGGUCUAUUGUGCUCAUCAAGGAGGGGAAGGCCGUAGUCCGAAUUGAGCUCUCGAGCGAUUGGCACAACAGCACUGUCUUGUGCCAAGACUCUGGGCUGGAAGAACUUGAAGAUGCAUUGGCUGCUGCAGAAAGUUCGGACAGUCAAGAUGCCAUUAGCAAAAAGACUGCCAGUGCCUUUCGUUCGGUGCCACUGGCAGCCUACCCCAAUAGUCAACUCCCACUACAGAACAAGGCAGGCCACAAAGGCGACAUGGCCAGUCUUCCACACUUACAUGAGGCAGCAAUGCUCUACAACCUGAAAGAGAGAAAUCUUUUGCAGAAACCUUACACACGCGUCCAGGAUGUCAUUGUGGCGGUAAAUCCAUUUGCAAGAAUAGAAGAACUGUACAGUCUACAAAUGCAACAAGCAUACGCUGAGCAGUUGGUAUGGUUUCCAGACGAAAGGAAACAAGGUCUCCCAUCGUCGGACCCAAUUGGGAAGACAGUCCAAGUUGAACCUCACAUAUACGAAAUCUCGUGCUUGGCAUACAGGGGGGUUGCUGUAGACGUUCAGGAUCAAACGAUUCUUGUCACGGGGGAGUCGGGGUCAGGAAAAACAGAGACGGUGAAGAUCUUGUUGGAGCACCUAGCAACUUUGGAAUUCCUGUGUCCAGACCAGCACAUGGCAGUACCGAGUUUCAAUUUUGAUGUAGUCAACAAACUCAUGGAAAGUUCAGUGGUCUUGGAGGCAUUUGGAAAUGCCAAAACUCGACGCAACAACAACAGCUCAAGGUUUGGGAAACUUUUGCAAUUGCAGUUUACAACCGGGGUGGACAUGGACAGCAGCAACCGAUCCAUUCCAUCGUCAUGUUCAUUGGUGGGGAGCCGCUGCACUACGUAUCUGUUGGAGAAAACACGGGUGGUUUCUCAUGCAGUGGGAGAACGAAGUUUUCACAUCUUCUAUCAGCUUCUGGCGGCGCCGGAGGACUUCAGACGAGCUCUGUGGCCAUCUUUUGCGUCACGAAAGCCAACAGACUUCUCCUAUCUGGCUCAGUUCGGGGAAUGCAAUCUGGAGAACCUGGGAGAUGCCAAUCAAUGGAAGAGCACCGUAAAUGCACUUCGUACUUUUGGCAUUGAAGGAGAGCUUCAAUCUACUUUGAUGCGGGCCCUUGCAAUUGUGCUACAGCUGGGAAAUAUAAGGUUUGGGGAAAGUCUCUUUACAAACGGUGAACGAAAGACCGUAGUUACAACAACUGACGAGCUACACAGACUUUGUAAAAUGAUUGGCAUUGGCCAAGAAGAUCUUGAGAGUUCACUUACAUCUCGCGCUAUCAAAACCAAUUUUGAAGAACUCCGCGCUCCGGUGCAACCAGCCCAAGCGAAAGAAAACGUCGAUGCAUUGGCGAAAGAAAUCUACACUAGAAUCUUCCAAUUCAUUGUCCGACAAAUCAAUGGGCAAAUGAACUCAUCAAACGAAGAUGACAUUACUGGCACAAUUUCUCUGAUUGAUAUCUAUGGAUUCGAGCGCCUCGCGGUGAAUCGAUUCGAACAGCUUUGCAUCAACUAUGCCAAUGAACAGCUCCAGCAGAAAUAUGUCGCAGACAACUUUCGCAUUCUGAAGCAGGAAUAUGACCAAGAGGGCAUUGACAUCUUUGACUUUAGCCUUGUCGACAAUUCCGAUGUGAUCAACCUUAUGGACGGACGUUCAGGUGUCUUUGUGGCAUUGCAGGAAGAGUGUGUCCGUCCCAUGGCCAAUGACGAAUCCUUCGUCCAGAAGAUGAAGAAGGUCAAUGAGUCACAUCCUCGCCUCGUCAAUGAAAAGCUUUACAGCAAGUUGGAGUUUGGAAUCAGACAUUUUGCGGGCCCAGUAACAUACGACGCCACUCGGUUUGUCGAUCGCAACAUGGACAGGGUGUCUGAAGAUCUCCUAUACUGCGCUGCGAGAUCGACAAACAAUCUCAUCCGCAACGAGCUACAACGGUCUUCGCGCAAACUUGCUGUGAAAUCCAGAAUGGAUGAAUCAGGAAGGAAUACUGCGACGAUGACACUAAUUGAAAAGUUCAGCAUGGAACUGAGGGACCUCUUGCUGGAGAUAGAGGGGACGCAAACGAGGUACAUAAGGUGCAUCAUUCCAAACGAAACGCGAUCUCCGGGGGUCACAGAUCAUCUCAUGACGCUGAGGCAGCUAGAAUAUGCCGGAUUGAUGACAUCAGUCGCAUUGACUAGGGAAAGUCUUCCCGAUAGCCUUUCAUACAAAACACUCCUCGCCCGAUUUGGGUGUUUGCUCAGGCCCUCAGAGAGGGAAAAGAUGAAGGAAAUGGAAGUUUCAGAUCAAAUCGUCUACAUGCUGACAAAUCUCUUCAUGCCCACGCUGCGAGGGACGGAUGGUGCACCCCCUUCAAUGCCGUUUGCUUGCGGCACUACGAAGGCCUACCUACGUGCGGGAGCACUUGAACACCUCGAGACAUUACGAUACAGAUUUUUCUUUCUUCGGGCCAUGGUAAUACAAGCGCGCGUUCGACGGUGGCUAACAAAGACAAGGUAUCACCGCAUGCGGAGCAACGCUAUUUUACUACAAGCUGCCAUUCGGAGAUUCCUCACACGACGGAGAUCCCGGCAAAGAAGAGCAGCCGUGCAUCUUCUCGUGUCGUGGUGGCGUGGUCACCUGGUUCAGCGAGCUUUCCGUGCAAAGCUAAGAGUAUUACGUAUGAAGCAGGCAGAAUUACAUGCAAUGCGAGCUUCAAAAAUGGCAAAGCAGAAAGCAAACAAAGCAGCUGGAACGAUCCAAUCAAGAUGGCGUGCUUUCCGUGCACAGGCAUGGUAUUGGAAACUUUGCAAAUCCGCGAUUACUGUUCAGAGAGCCUUUCGUUCUUCACAAGAGUGCAAGAGCCUGCAACAUCAUCACGAACCCCUGCCGAUGCCACAUCCAGUGGAGGCCGCGAUUAUUGUUCAGAGAGCCUUUCGUUCUUCGCAAGAGCGCACGAGCCUGCAACCGCAUCAAGAACCCUUGCCGAUGCAACAUCCAGUUGAAGUAGCGGAGGAAACAGAACUGGAAAGCCAUGAUGUUUUGAGGGCAAUGUCACAAGCCAAAAAGAAUUUGGCUCUUAGAAAAGCUUCAAUCCCCAGAUUUCGAAGAGCGGAUCAUUCGUUGCUGGCGGAGAUAGAAGCACUUCUCGGUACGGUUUCCAGUGAAUUUGAAACGCUACUCUCCCAGCUACCUGUAGACGAGACUGAUCAAUCCACCGGGGGAUCAGAAAGAACGACCAAGGCACAGGACAUUGGGGAGCUAGAAUCUCUCAGACAAGAAAAUUCUGAACUGAGAGCCCAGUGCGAUAAGAUGGAAGAAGCAACAGCUGAAAUGGCGAGCACCGUAGACAAUCUGCUCGACAGGGAGACGAGAAGAGUUCAAAAAGGUGGCUCAGGCUCGCAGGGCCUUGAGAAAAUGACAGGAGAGUUGGCCAAGUUGAACCAACAGAUCAUGCUCGACGAUGAAAGGCACAAGAAGGAACUCGACGAGCUCCAGAAGUUGCUCAGGGAAAAAGACACUCUUCAUCGCGCGGACAUGGCAAGGACAAAGGCCGCUCAUCUCGAUCAAGUCUCAAACAUGAAGGCGAUUCACAUGAAAGAGGUGAAGUGGGUUGAAGCGAAGUUGGAUCGCAUUGAAAAGCACAAACUGGAGGCUUUGUCCAAGGCUAGCGCUUCUCAAACGGUCCAUUCAGAGCAGUUGGAAAGGCUUCAAGUCGACCUGAUGAAGUCCCGAACGGAAAAUGCUACUUUGAGAGAAAAGCUAGAACAGCGAGAUGAGAGUACAAGAGCCGAAAAAGAGGAACUCUGCAAAAUGAUUCAAGAGUCGGAGGGCAAAUACAAAGAAGAGAGCCAGAAUCUAAAGGAGGAGCUUCGUCAAGCGAACGAGGAGCAGGACAGGCUGAGGUCUGAACUCGAUGAUUUUCGAAGCCAAUACGACGAGGACAUCGAAGCCGCCGCAACGAGGUUUGCUUCCAACUUGACCGAAUAUGAGACACGAAAGAUAGCGGCCGAACACAAACUCGUUCAAAUGGAAAACGAGUUUGCAGAAGAGAUUGACCGACUCCGAAAGAGUAACGAAGACAUCAAAAGCUUAGCGGAAUCUAACGAGAAAGUGAAGGGCAAGCUUCACGAUGACCUUGUGCUUGCUCAGGAAGUUCAUCAGGCGCUGAAAUCUGAAAUAAGUAUGCUAAAAACGGAAAAGGAGAAGCUCUCGGCGGACCAAGUUGGCUAUCAGAAACUUCAAGCAGUGGCAAUAGAGCUGAGGAAUGCGAUCGAACAACACAAAGAGAGAGAGGAGAUUGCAGAAGAGCGGCUAAGGGAAGCCAUGGAUACAGCCGAAAGCAGACACCGGGAGGAGGUGGGGCAACUGCGCGAGGAACUCUUCUGGACACAAGAGAACCAAAGGCAAUUGAAGUCCGAGCUGAGCGAAAUGGAAGCUUCGCACGCCGAAGAGCUCGAGAGGACAAAGAUUGAUUGCCUUGACGACUUUCACGAAACAAACGAAGCCCUUACAGAGUUAGAGGAAAAGCUGGAACGGCAGGAACGGAACUUCAGAGACGAAAAGGAAGAGCUGUGCAAGAUGCUCAAUGCAGCGGAGCUAGCUCACGAAGAAGAACUGCUGAAGCUCAACGAGGAAGUGCAACGGGCCAAAGAGAAUCAGAGAAAGAUCAAGUCAGAUUCGAACAAGCUUCAGGCUGCGCAUGCCGAAGAGAUUGAAAAGAUGAUGACGAAGACUAUCGACUACUACAAGAAAGAUGCGGAGAUAGAGAGCUGGAAAGACAAAACGAAGAGGCAAGAAGAACAAUACAAGGAGGAGAAGGAGCGCCUCCGAUUGUGGCUCAAGAAUCAUUUAGAAGACGUCCGCACUCUUAAAAAAGAGUUCGAGGGAGAGCAAGAGUCACAUAUUAUGCACCUCCUUCACGUUCUAGCAGAGCUCGAGGAUAUGCAAACUGCACGAGACAAAGCUGUCGAAGACAUUCUGGUAGAGCUUGGGGAGAUGGGAAAGGAGAAGGACGCCGCGAUUGAAGCCUUGAAAACUGAAUUGGAACUCAAACAGAGUACCCCAACUGAGGCGGCUGGCCUGUCAACAAUUCUCGAAGGAGACGAGAUGUCGAAAGGCGAAAUCAACGAUCUCCAGGAACGCCUUGCAAAGAGUUCAACCAUGCGCUCGGCUCACUUUAAGGAAUUCAACACUACGUUGCACAAACUUCAAAUGGCAGUCAAACCAUCCAACUUGAAAUACAUUUUGAAGAAGCUUCGCAAGCAGCAAGAUUCAACGCUGGAAACGAAGGUCUUAACUGAGAUUCACCGGAUGUCCGUGGCCUUGGGGGAAAUAAUCGCAAGCGAAGAUGAUGAACAACAACUGCUACAAGCUGAACUGUCAGCCUUUUUUGAACGAUUCUCAGCGCCCUCGGAAGCAGCUCAGGAGGAAGAUAGCGCCCCGAAGGAAGACAGCCCCCAGCCGGGAGCGGCCGAAUCCAAACCAAAGACCGAAGUAUCUAUAGCUCCAAACCCAAUGUUACAAAAUCUCCAAGAGAGGAUAGAAGCAAUCGAGAAGCAUAACCGCGAGCUCAAGGAUCAGCUUCGGGCGAACACAAAAAUGUUGGUAGAUCCCAACUCUUCCCUACUAGUGCCGAUCCCGAGCUCGCCUGCAAACUCUCCCCUAUCGCCAGCGAAGAAGAUACAGGAUGCCAAAGUUCCACCAAAGAAGAACCAGAAGGGACCUCGGGCCAUGUCUCCAGGGCCUGGGAUACCAAGGAGCCCCAGGAAAAAGCAACUGGAUCCCUCCACCUCCACAUCACCUACCAAGAAGACACGUGAACCAGGAGCCGUGCGGGGAAUUCACGCAAACCGAAAUCGGGCGAAAAGGUUACAGCCUUGAAAAGCUGAGUAAUAAUAGCCCAGCACUGGCUCUGCUUUGUGAGUAAGAACGAUACAAGGAAUUCAGCUAAAAGUCAAGUCAAGUCCAGUCAGGACAAUGAUUAAUUGAUUGCAGGUACCGUAGACCCCAGCUAGGUAGCGGCACGGAAUAAACUGGUUGCAGAGCUAGCUAAUCAUUUGAUGGGGUGCCCACCAGACAGCCCUUCUUGCUAGCCGCCUCGUUGAUUUUGAGCUAAACUAACCACUUGGAGAGCUACUAAUAUUGAAAUCAAAACUGUGUGUCUAUACUAUCAGUGCUGGUACGGUACAGCUUGACCCAACACAAAUAUAUAUAUAAAUAGUGUUGGCCAAGCAAGGCAGUAGUGUCUUUUUCUGACUUCCUGCUAGCGAAAACCUUGUGGGGUGAGCUGACGACGUCUCUUUUGUUCUUCUUGAUGAUAAUGUUCCUGAUACUCUUGUUCGUUCAUGGAGUGCUUGGUUUCGGGAACAUAAAUGUGCCCUUGUGUUGCUUUUGGAGGUUGUUCUUGUUGUUGUGUUUGCUGUUCUCUUAUUUGCGGCUCUUUGGAUGGCUGCUGUGGUUGUUCUGCUUCUUGUUUCUGCUGAUUCUCUGCUUGUUGUUGUUGCAAAAUUUCAUGUGGAUUCUGCAUCACAGCUGCCGAAACUCCCGCAUUGGGAUCCAUUUCUUGGACAUUUCCAAAAUCAUCCCAGAUCAAUCGUUUGACGGCCCGCAAACUCCCAUUAAUGACGCGUUUUUGUGGCGGCUGUUUGUGUUUGGUAUUUUUAUAUUCCUUGCCAUCUCCCAUCGACACGACCUCGGGAAUGUCCUGGUGUGUCUCCAUUUUAUUUCCAGCACCGCUAGUAGUCUGCUGCUGAAUUUCCCGUUGCAAUGCCUGUACGCGUGCCUGUUUGACCUGUUGUUUGAGUUGUUGGAUUUCGGCUUCUUGCAAUUGAUUGUCGUGGGCCAACUUUUUGACCAAUUCAUCCGUCAAGAGGACCGAGGGAAUGGAUUCAAUGUCAAUGACAUUAUUAUUGCUGGCGCCAUUGUAACGAUUGUAGAGAAUGCCGCCACCAAAUCCCACAAUCAUGAGCACGAGGGCUUUGAGCACAGCGUGGAAAAUGCCAAAACUGCGGCGUUGUUGGCGACGGGGAAUCAGGCAUCGUUCCGGGGAGGAAGUGUUGCAACAGAUACUGCUGCUGCUAUCGUGCUGUGACUUGGUGGAAGGUUUGGAGGGACUGCUGGAUCGAUCCAUGCCGCGAGGAGAGUUGUCUCUGUCAUCGUCAUGCUCGAGAGAUUGGUGUGACAUGACACUGGCCAUGAUGGCUUCACGGGAAUGCGAGAGCGCUCGUUGUGGUGUUCGACGAGUCAUGGACGGUCGAUACGGAUUGGGAGCGUCAUUGUCUUGGCUUUUAUUAUUGGAAGUCGUCCGUAGUGUCCGAAUGCGUCCUCGAACUUGCACGGGAGACUUCACAUCCGAGCGAGUGUGAUCCGACCGUUCGCGUUGGUUCAGCGCCGACAUGGGCAGCGACCGAGACGGUUGCACGCGGCGGCGUUGGUGAAAGUCGACCAUGGUGAUUAGAUAGAAUAGCUACUAGCUAGCUAGUAGAUAGGAGUGUGAGUACUGGUAGUUGUUGCUGUGCCUUGCAAAGAGUGACAAAGGAAGAGAUAUGCCGGUUAUCAUGUCAUGGAGGAG